AUGACUUCUACUCCAUUCAGCGUUGGUCUCUCUGAUGAACCCCGACUAUCCAGCAGGGUGCUCCGUCCGCCCGGCGGUGGUCACACCGACAUUUUUGGCGCCGAGCCGGAGCCCCAGCGCUUUGGAAGACGCCCUGGACCUAAUGCUACAGUUCCAGCCCAGCCUAAACCAGAAGAGCCAGCGAAGCCUACCAAUGGUGCGACUGAGCCAAGCCAGAAUGGAAACUGUCAGGAAUCUCCAAAGGAAGCUCCGCAACCCGAGACCGUAUCACCUGCUGUCACUCCUGACGAACCAAUGAAGAAUGAGUCUCCUAAAACGGAAGCACCUAAGUCGCAACCAGCCAAUGAGCAACCACCUAAGACUGAUCCUCCAAAGCGUGUCCGCGUGCCACCAGGUGGUUUCUCCUCAGGGCUGUGGUAA